AUGCCGCAGAGCAAGCUGUCGCAUGCAGCGACGCUUCCGACCCCUGCUGGGGUGGUGCAUCGGCCGCGGGGGAAUCGCGUACCGCCGCUUUCCCACAGCCAAACCAGCAAAUCCGUUAGGAAACACGCAGGGUUGCUUAACGGACAGGGUUCAUCGACGCCGCAGGGCCCUUUAACGGGGUCCAGGGCACCACCCCAAGGUGAGCGACCCGCGUAUAAGCGCACCGUGCAUUGGGGCAGCCACAACCCAAGCGGGGUCCAGGAUAGCACGCGAAGGUCUGAGGGCGAGGAUGGAUCCGCAUCAACGAAACCCGUCGCGUGUGUAGAUUCUGUUGUAGUUACACGGCCGGAACGCGACUUGCCGUGCUUCCACCUCGCUGUUCAAGCCCUUCAGGAAGGGUGCAUUCAGUCCUUUAUUCGCUUCUUUUAUCUCUCACAUCGAGAUCCGGUAUGCGUAAACGAACUAUCCCAGAAGCACUUCACGAUUCCAGAGGGUAAGCUAGCGUGGGUGCAGCAAAAGCUCUCCGCGGUGGAGGUGCUGCGCCGGCAGAGUGAGUUCCGCGAUGUAUUAAACGCCUGUAGUGAGCUGGCGGGGUACUUUGAAUCGGAGGGGGAUUUGGUCGAGGCCGCGUGGCAUCACGAGAGGGCGUUGCGCUAUAUGACGGAGUCCCUCGACGUGCCGCUGGAGCAGACCGCUCGGGAGAACUACGCCUCCUUCCUACAGCGCUGUGGGAAGCUCGAGGCCUCGGCGGAGCAGUACGAAAUCAUGUACCGUCUCGCUAAAGCCGUGAAGGAUGAGGAGAAGGCCCUCGUCGUGAGCUUUUCACUAGUUACUCUAUACCAGAUGUUGGGGGAGCGGGAGCUGGCGGCAGGGAACUUUCAGACUGCGAGGAACUACUUCGAGCGGUGCGCAGUUCGUGCCCAGCGUUCAAGGUAUAGUGUGGAGGAAGGCUCCGCCUACGAGGCCCUAGGCUACUUACACGAGAAAAAAGGUCAACUAUACACCGCCUUGGAAUACCAAAAGAACUUUCGAAUCGUCUCGCAUCGCGACCAGCUUUUUGAGAAGGAGUGUCAGGCCAUCAUGAACGUCGCGAGCCUCGAGGAUCGCAUUGGGGAUAACAAUCAGGCGAUAACCUCACUGCAGGAAGCUGCCAGCAUGGCGCGCGAGCUCGGGGAUGCGGUGAAGAUCGCGAAAGCGACGAUGCACCUUGGUGAAGCCUAUCGCUCCAAGCUGAGGGAGGAAAUCGGGGAUAAGGACUCUCAGGGUUAUGGGAAUACGUCCACUGAAAUUAUGGUCCGCUUUGCCGAGAGCUUUGAGGCUGCCAGACAGUCGGGCGACAUGGAGCUCAUCGAUAGCGCGCGUGUGUUGUUGGGCUUUGCUAGGGGGAGUCACUACUUCAAACAUGCUGGCAAUGAUAGGGGCUAUCCCGAUAUUGUUUGCAAUGACGUGCGAGCACAACUCAAGUGGAUGAGUACUGGUGAGUUAUAG